ACAACUUUUCUCGUUUCUACGUGAAAAAAUGUUGCCUUCGAGGAUUUUUCAUUGAUUUCACACGUUGGUCUUGUUAACGCGAACACGAUUACGAUAGAACGUGCGAUAAUUUAUACAAGCUCAAACUUUUUUACUAAAAAUGAGUUUCUUUGGGUUUGGUCAGUCGGCUGAUAUAGAGAUUACUUUGGAUGGUGCAGAAACCAGGAAGACUGCAGACAUUAAAUCUGAAGAUGGUAAAAAAGAGCGCCACUUGUUAUACUAUGACGGUGAAACCGUUUCUGGAAAGAUUAAUAUUAGUCUCAGGAAAGCUGGUAAAUUGGAGCAUCAAGGUGUAAAAGUAGAAUUUAUUGGACAAAUUGAAUUAUAUUAUGAUAGAGGAAAUCAUCAUGAGUUUACAAGUCUAGUUAAGGAAUUAGCUAGGCCAGGAGAACUAACUCAUAACACAGUAUAUACUUUUGAAUUCGCAAAUGUAGAAAAACCAUUUGAAAGUUACACAGGAUCUAAUGUACGACUAAGAUAUUUUCUCAAAGUUACAAUUGUUCGAAGACUUAGUGAUAUUGUUAAAGAACUUGAAUUAGUUGUCCACACUCUUAGUUCCUAUCCAGAUAUGAACAAUCCUAUUAAAAUGGAAGUUGGAAUUGAAGACUGUUUGCAUAUUGAAUUUGAGUAUAAUAAAAGCAAAUAUCAUUUAAAAGAUGUUAUUGUUGGGAAAAUAUAUUUUCUUUUGGUUAGAAUAAAAAUUAAACACAUGGAAAUUGCUAUAAUAAAACGGGAAACUACCGGUUCUGGUCCACAUACAUUUACGGAAAAUGAAACUAUAGCGAAAUAUGAAAUAAUGGAUGGAGCACCAGUCCGAGGCGAGUCUAUUCCAAUAAGAGUCUUUCUAGCAGGCUAUGAUUUGACACCUACAAUGCGUGACAUCAAUAAAAAAUUCAGUGUUAGAUAUUACCUUAAUUUAGUUCUCAUGGAUGAGGAAGAUCGUAGAUAUUUCAAACAACAAGAAAUAACGUUAUGGAGAAAGGGAGAAAAAAGUAGGAAAUCUCAAACCGCUUCACCACAUAUGCCAUCGCAUUUAGUAUCAGCAGAAACAGGAUUCCCACAAGGAGCUGCUCAAAAUGGUCCACCAUCUGUAACUCCAUCAGUCCAAUCGGGACAAUUGCCAUCCGCUAACAUUACCAAUGUAGAGGAUGCACAGGCGCCAAUAGAAAGCAUGACACGCGAAGAAGGAGAUGGUGAAGGUGCAAAAGAAGUUAAUUCUGAAAGUAACUGAAUUUUUGCAUGCGAAACAGUUACUGAAGUCAAUGGAAGUUUUACUAAUUCAGAGAAUGGGUAAUAACUUCGCACGGAACUAGUAGUUUUAAACGAAACUCCUCUUCUACUGUAAAGAGAGAUUGAAUUUUAGGAACUACAAAAAAUCGAAACAUCUGCAAGUAAAGUUGUAAAUAUUUUGGAUACCUAUAAAUAAUGCGGAUGAUUAAAUUGAAUAAGUAGCCAAUUAUCGAUCAAAAUUUCAAAUUAUCAAGAGCUAUAGAUAACAUACAGUGGUGUCUAAUGGGACAGACUUGAAAUAAUUAAACAGAAAAAAAUAAUAUAAAGCAGAAUAAUACAACCAUAUAAAAUGGAUAUUUAUAAAUGGACAGUUUAAUAACUGAAUAUUUAUCUGCGGUAUAUUCUUGAACAGCAUCUGAAUGUUACAGUGUUCAGAAUAUUUUAUACAACCGUAUUAUGUGUUAUAUUCUCAAAGAUCUUUAUCAAAAUCUUUUGUGUUAUAUUAUCAAACCUCUCAAAUGGUCAAUUUCUGUCAGAUGAGAGUUUUCUAAAUCUGAAAUGGAUAUACAUAUACUCACAACGGCUGCCCUAUUUUAAUCCAUUCAACUAGUCUGCAACUAAUAUGGUAAAGGCACUGGGAGGAACGCUUUUAUAUAUAAUACACUAUUAUCGACAUAAUUUUUGAGAGAAUGUGAUUUUUUCAGCAGAAGAUUUUUAUUAAUAUUUGCAAUAAAUAUCGUUAAUAAAAUAUGUUAAGAUACAGGCACAGUAUAUAACAUAAUAUCAAUAGUUCUGUCCCAAUUAUAGCAUAAUUGUAUAUACAAAUCAUUGAAUUGUAUAUGCGAAUUAAUUUUUUAAUAGAAUUUUUAUGCAGUUUCAAGAAUCUUAAUAUAAAUCAUUGUAAGAAACACAUGCCUUAGUAUGCUUGUUCAAUUUUUAGUAUGCCUUUAUUAAUAUAAGAGUGGACUACAAUAGAUUAAAAAAUGGGAUGGCCCCACAUGUAUUUAUAUAUAUAUAUAUAUGAAAACAUAUUACAAUAUGUGUGUGGAUAUAUACAUGCAUAUAUAUGAUUUUUAAUGAUAGUAGUCUUAGUAUAAACUGAGUUAUAUAUACACACACACAAAAGUAUCCACCUCUAUUGUAAUAAUACUGAAACGUGUUCUAUCAAGGCAGUAUCAUGAUUGCUACCACGAUGGAAGUAAUAUACCGGUAUGAGAAAAAUACCAAUCGUUUUGUACAAUUCUAUGUUAACAUGGGUUGACUAAAGAAUCUUGUUAAAAAAGAAAAACUGCAUAAUAGUCAACCGCGUGUAUUUCGAGAAUUUUGUUUCAUGUAAAUUAAAAGUUUCAUAUUUCACGCCUUUGUUAUUUGUUGACAAGAAAGAUAUAUGUGUAAAAGAGAGAAAACAGAACUAUUUGUGAAUUAUUUGACAUGUCAAAUAUUGUAUAUACAUAUACAUAUUGUCAUACGAUAUAAACUAGCUGCAUAUUCUAAUGCCCACAUAAAUAUAUUAUACAUCGCAUACAGUGUGCCAUUGUGUGCACGUGUAUCGGAAAACAUUA